AGUUGUGAAUUGUUCUCACAGUUUCUUGAGUUUAGGAUGCCUCAAGUGAAGGCUGUCGACUCACUUUUUACACUGUGUAUUUACUGCAUUAAGAACAGUUUAAAUCUUAACGUUCCGACGAAAACGAAAACAUUACAGACUGGAAGAUGGACUGGUAGUCCAUGGUUCGUCGAACAAACGACUGACCUCGGACUCGAUAAAAAUCUUUUUCAACUACCCACUGUCUUGUUGGAGGCUAUUUUCAGCUCCCUUGUUACUUCCUACGAUGUGAACACCCAGAACACAUCUCUUCUCGAGUUAAUCAUUCCUCCACAACUUAAAAAAUGGAUUGCUCCCGGUUUAUACAACGAGCAAUACUUGAACUUCUUCCCCAAACUUGGAAACCUGCAAGAAUUAGUAUUUCGAAAUUCUAGCGUGGGGGAUAUGUGUUUAAGAACCAUUGGUAUGUGGUGUGAAAAAUUAAGAGUGUUAAAUAUUGAAGACUGCAGCAGAGUAACAGACGCCGGAAUCAAAUGGCUUAUUUACAACACCGCUCAUACCAGGAUUUAAAAAAAUAGAAGGCUGACCGAGUUACGCAAGACCCUACAAGUAUUAAAGAUUGGCCACACCGGUGUAACACGUAAAGGAGUAAAAAUGGCAGUGGAGCAUUUACAAGCAUUGCAGUACCUUGAGCAUGAAUAUUGCUUUGAAGUGUUGGUAGAGUUGAGUCAAAUUAAUACUCUAGAUCAACGUCUAACGAAAAACACUCGAAAAUUGUCUUUUAUUGGGUUGUGUGUCCUACCUAAUACGCUGUUUCAAAGUGGUACUUUUGCGUUAGCGGUGGCACUGUGCUCUUCGCUUAUACAAAUCCAAAUUUGUGUUACAGAAGGGUUAACAGACACUGAUCUCCAGUGCUUGGCGACUUUAAGACAUCUUCGUUCACUAUGUAUCUUAGGGAUAACUAGCUCAAAGUUUGAUGAAAUUACCUUCGAUAUGGGCGUUGCUCCAGUACUGGGUGUUAUUGGAAGUUCGUUAGAAAAUCUUGACCUUACCUACUUUGCAUUCGUCGAUAUUUGGACAGUCAUUAAGUUUUGCCCCAAUUUAGUUAAUUUAGCCUUCCUCUGCCAUUGCGAAAGUUUAAGCAAUUUGUCUAAUGAGGAGAUCAUUCAGUUGGAAAAUAAUGAACAAGGACGAAUUUUUUUCAAAGAGCUGAAGGUUCUAUGGGGUUGCUACAACAUUGAAAGCGAUAUUUUAUUGAAUUUUUUAUCUUCUCCUUUAUUAGAAAACGUCAAUAUAUCACGUUGUGACGCAUUAAAUGACGAAAUUUUAGGAGAAGCUUCAAAAAAACUUCUAUUUCAAAAUCUGAAAACGUUGAAGUUAUUUAAUUGUGGUUCAGUCACGAAGCUAGGAUUGGAUACAUUAAUGGUUGUUAAUAACCGUCUUGAACUCAUAGACAUACAUUUUUGUAAAAAUCUGACACUGACUGACGUUUCCGAUUGGCACUCGCAAGCUCGCGAUAAACAAUGGAAAUUGCGUUUACAGUUUGAGGAUUCCAAUGGUA